GAGAAUUCGUCUUUCUGUCUCUGUUGUUGACCUGAAAACUUGCGGAGGAGGAGUUCUGAAGUUGCAGAGAGACAGAGACAGAGACAGAGAGAGAAAGAGAGAGAUCGAGGAUGGGAAUAUUCAGAAGCUGCUUCUCUUUCAUAACGGGAUCAGUUUUUGGGGUGUACUUGGCACAGAACUACAACGUUCCCAAUAUCCGGAAGCUCACCAACACCGGCCUCGUCGUCGCUAAGCACGUGGAAGAGAACUAUCGCAAGCCCAAGAAAGACGAUCCCCAAUGAUUUUCCGUGAUGGAUGUUUGGAAUGUGAAGGUGAUAUCUAUAGAGAAGAGUGGAGGUGGUGUUGAAAGGCUUUCUCAUCAUAUUAGGAGUUUUGGUUCUGCCAAUUUGUUGCAGAGAUUUGAUUUCACUAUCAAGUUUGAUUAAUUUACAAGGUUAUCCAUCAGUGGUGGCUGCUGGUUUUACUUGCAUUCUUGUAUGAUUACUGAUACUAGACUCACACUAAACACAUCACUGUGUC